CAAACACCCAACACAACCAGAACCACCAAACCCCCCCCCCCAUAAAAAAAAACCCACCCUAAAACCCCAUUAAUUAAUAUUUUUUUUUCAAACGCGAAAGGAACGGGACACCGCCUCGCCCGCUCGGAGGCGACGGCAGAGAAAAUGGCUUCGCGCUGCUUCCUUUUCCUCCUUUUUUCCUUCCUUUUCGCGGGAACGACGCAUCGGCUCCCCUUCCGGCUCCUGCAGGCGCCGAACACGGUGGAGAUGGACGAAAACCUUGAUCGAUAUCCUCGGGCGCUGGGUGACGCAGGAGAGGAAAUGGAUGGACAGAGGGAGGACGUAGAGCAAGUGUUUUUUACUGACGCAGAAGAGGAUAGAGAAGAAGGAAGAAAUCAGGACGUAGAGACUCACACCCAGUCCCAAAUAAAAGAACAAGAAUUUCUUGGGAUAAUAGAGAAGGUGUCAGAAAAAGUUACUGAAGGGGAAGUUCCUGGUACAGACCAUACAAAAAGAAAUGAAGUGAAUGCCAGUGCAGUUAUUAAGCUGAAAGAGGUUUCAAAGUCAACAGAAACCUUCAUACCUGAGACAACAGUCCAGGAGGAACAUGCCGAAGAAUUUAAGGAACCUGUACCAUUUAAUAUAACAGAAGGAGUGCCUUACUCUCUUAAACAUACUGAAAUCACGGAAAAGAUGAGAAGACCUAAGACAGAGGUAGAAUCAAAGGUACCGGGCGUUCUAAAGAAAAAAGAAAAGAAAACAGAUGAGAAAAGUGUACCUUCUAAAAUCCCGAAAGAGGAGAUGGAAAAACCCGAGACAACUGCGACUGAGACGGAAGCAAAUGUACUAGGUACCCCAGGGAAAAUUGUUGAGAAAAGUUUACUGGAUGGUCUGAUACCAUUGGGAAAGAAAAAAAGAAAAACUACCUUACCGAAAGUGGAAGCCAAAGAGUCAGGAACACCUGGAUCAUCCGAGGUGAAGAAAAAACCUCAGAAGUCUCAACCUCAUGAAUUCAGAGGGAAGAAGCCUAAGGAAAGCCUUCGUCCUUCUGGAACCAAGAAAAACAGAACCACAAAAGCCAAGACACCUGACACUGAAACAAAAGGAAUUGUACCAACCAAUGUGAAGAAACCAUCUGAGAGAAAAGUAUCAGGAACUGAGAUACCGAACAUAAAGGGAAAAGAAUUUGCACUACCUAAGGCAGACGUUAAAAAGCCAAGGAGACCUGGACCGUCUGUAGCUCAGAGAGAAACAGGAAAACCCCAACCUCGCAAGUUCCGUGCAAAAAAAAAUGGAAUAUCUAAGACGGGGGAAAAAACACGAAAGCCACAACCUCCUAAGGUCAAGGAGAUAAAAACAAGAAAGUCUGUGGAAGCAAGGAAGUCCGGAUCAUUUAAGACGAAGAAAAGGACGGGAAUGAAAGGCAGACAAACUAAGGGAACCGGAAAGCCAAGGAAACCUGGAUCAUCUGAGCCGAAGAAGAAAACAAAAAAGUCUCAGCCUCCUACGUUCAAGGGGAAAAAAACAAGAAAGUCUGUGGAAGCUCUGUUCAAGCCGAACAAGACAAGGAAGUCCGGGUCAUCUAAGAUGGAGAAAGGGUCAGGGAUACUCCGACCUUCUGAAACCAAGGAAACUAGUGCCAGAAAGUCUGAUGAGACGAAGGUAAACUUUUCGGUCAUUUCUUUGAAACCAACAAAGAAAAAUGAAGCAGGAAUUGAGAUACCACUGAAAAAGAAGAGAGGAAAACCUGCGCUACCUAAGGCGGAAACUAAAAAGGCAAGGCGACCUAGACCAUCUGCAGUGAAGGGAAAAACGGGAAAAUCCCAACCUCUAAAUAAGUCCAAGGGAAGAAGGCCAAAGUCUAAGAUGAAUAAAAGGACAGGAAUGGGAGGCAGACAGUCUAAGGCAGCCGGAAAGGCAAGGGAAACUGGAUCAUCUAAGGCGAAGAAGAACAAAAAAGCCUAGACUUCCAAAGUUCAAGGGAAAAAGACAAGAAAGCCUGUGGAAGCUCUGUUCAAAUCGAACAAGACAGGGAAACCUGGAUCACCUAAGAAGAAAGGAAAUAAAGCAUUAAUCUUCCCUGUGGAAAUACUCGAGAAAAAUGACACACGGAUUUAAAUAUUACUGGAACAGAAGGAACGGAAAUCUGCAUUACCUAAGAUGGAAAUCUGAAAGACAGAAAAAUAAGAAAGCUUUAGUUAUCUAUGCUUAGAGCAGAGAAGACAAGAGUACUUAAUUCAUGUAAGAUAAAGAGAAGAACGGAGAAACCUGCUCUGAUCAAGAAUAAGACUAUGAUACGAGAUUUAGAACAUUUUAUCGACCAUUCCUAAGAAAGCGGUUAAGUUACGUCUGCGCAAAUUUCAUGUUAUUUUUUUUUACUAAGUUCAGAGGUGCAUAUUGAGAGGUUAGGAUUUCCCUGUAUGGUUUCAGUUUAAUAUGCACAGUUUGGAUAACUCUUUAAUCUUUGGGAUUGCAUUAUGUGGAGUAUAUCUUCCUAAAGGAAUUUAUUUAUACUAUGGGACACUUUUUUAUUUCCAAACACUUGCAUUGUAUUAAAAAAAGAAAGAAUUUC